CCGGCACUUUCCCAACCGGUUCCCGAACGUUUGACAGUUCGAGGUGCAUUUGGUGUUGUUAUUUUUCACAAACAUGGCUUCGUUCGUAGUCGCUGGUCGAGCGGCAAUAAAGUUUCUUCAAUCGCCGUCAACCGGAUUUCUGGCCCCGUGCCUUCAAAAUGCGGCCAUCAUCAACCAGCAGCAGGUGCGGCACCGGCGUACGAAACAUUGGGAUCCAAGGUGGAAACGAUUGCGUAAAGCAAAGUUCAUUAAAAUCGACAUUCCCAAUCUGAACGAAAAGCCUGAAGAUAUGUCACAGGAGCAGAUUAAAACACGCAUGAAGGAACGGGGAAUGCUGCCGCCGCGCCCUUGGCUCGAGCGCCCAUUCUACAUCAGCUGCACUGGCGGUGUCUUCGAACCGUACGUUCCACCCGAAGGUGAUGGUCGCAUGUCGGCGAUUUCGCGCGAGGGAGCCAAGCAAAAGUUCGAGCAGCUAGAAAAGAAAACCAAAUCGAUGAUGGCGGUGCGCAAAAUACGCAGCUACGAUGAAGAUUUCGAACCACCGGAGUUUGCGGCCCAUGCACAGGAUAUGUACAUCCAAGCACAUAACACGCUGUGCGAAAAGAACAAGUACAAACUGCGAGAGAUCGUAACCGAGCGUGCGUAUCCGGAGCUGAUGCACAACAUAAUGGACAAAACGAUUCACUGGAAGUUUCUGAAGUCACUCGAACCACCGCGGGUUGUGCAUGCUCGGUGCACGGAUGUCAUUACGAAGGAAAACAUUUUUGCGCAAGUGACCGUGCGCUUCCACAGCCAGCAGAUACUGGCCAUAUACGAUCGGUUCGGGCGGCUAAUGCAUGGCAGCGAAUCGCUGGUGAAAGAUUGUCUCGAGUACGUGGUGUUUGAGAAGCAUUUGGCAAACGAGUACGGCGUGUGGCGAAUGCAUGAAAAGAUCAUACCCGAUUGGAUGCCUCCGAAAUCGCCAGCGUACAUUACUUAUCGCGUUGACGAUGAACCACCUCCGGAACCGGAAUCCGCAGAUAGUAAAGAUGUAGUGGUGACCAAGGAUGCGCCUAAACCGGCUGAAACCGCCGUAUCGGCUUAGAAAGCAAGUGCAUUAUCGUUACGAUUAUUAGUCAUAAUAAAACAGAAAACUGAUGAAGGGCUGCAGCAAUUGCAUUUUAUUGGUUCAAAU